AUGACGCUCUACUACAGCAUCGUCUUUGCACUGUUGUGCUUCGAGAUGUCCAUGUUCAUGGUCCUCAUCGUCCCCCUGCCCUUCACCUGGAGGCGCAAGCUCUUCCACUUCCUCGCUACCAACCCCGUGGUCGCCAAGAUCCAGUAUGGUCUCAAGAUCACGUUCAUCUUCGUCGCGAUUCUCUUCGUCGACGCCGUCCAGAGGAUGGUCAAGGUGAUGAGCGAGGGCGAGACUGCCCGCGACAACCGCGGCGUCCAGGACGUCCGAACCGAGACCAACUACGCCGCUCGCAAGUUCUACUCUCAGCGCAACAUGUACUUGACUGGCUUCACGCUCUUCCUCAGCCUGAUCCUCUCGCGCACCUACUCGCUCAUCCUCGACCUGAUCAACACGCAGGAGGAGCUUGUUGCACUCAAGAAAGGAUCCAAGACCACUGGCACCGGCGCUGAUAUCGAGAAGAAGUACCUCCAGGAGAUUGACACGCUCAAGAAGCAGACCAAGCAGCAGCAGCAGGAGUACAACCGCCUCAGCGACGAACUCGCCAAGGCCACCGGCAACGUCUCCACCAAGAAGGACUGA